UAAAAAAAAAAGUGUUGUGCGAGUCUUUAGAACUUGUACCUAAUUAUUUUGAACACGAGUGCUUAACUGUUUUAUGUUGAAUUCAUUUAAAUUGUAAGUUCUUAGUUAAGUAUUAUACCUUCGUAUGUGGCGUCCGAUCUGUUGAACUUCGUCGCGAGGCUCGCGAGUUUAAUAUACAACAUGCAAGUGCAAGAAGGAGAAGGAGCGGAUGGCUCGCCUUGGAACAAUUCCAGCGGUUGUGAUGAGGACCGUCGACCAGCUCAAAAGGAGGGUAAAAAGUCGAAUAUAUUACCACUAUGGGGAAAUGAAAGGACUAUGAAUUUAAAUCCACUUAUUCUAACAAAUAUACAAUCGUCACAUUACUUCAAAGUGAAUUUAUAUGAACUGAAAACAUACCAUGAGGUGAUUGAUGAAAUUUAUUACAAAGUGUCUCAUUUGGAACCAUGGGAGAAAGGAAGCAGAAAGACAGCGGGUCAAACUGGCAUGUGUGGAGGCGUCCGUGGUGUUGGUGCUGGUGGAAUUGUUUCAACGGCUUAUUGUCUACUAUAUAAACUAUUCACCUUGAGGUUAACAAGGAAACAAUUAAAUGGUCUUAUCAAUCAUCCUGAUUCACCAUACAUUCGGGCGUUAGGAUUUAUGUAUAUUAGAUACACACAACCACCAGCUGACUUAUUUAGCUGGUAUAGCGACUAUCUAGAAGAUGAAGAAGAAUUAGAUGUAAAAGCUGGAGGAGGUCAAGUAAUGAAAAUGGGUGAUAUUCUAAAACAGUUUCUUACCAAAUUAGAAUGGUUCUCAACAUUAUUUCCAAGAAUACCAGUGCCUAUACAAAAAGAACUUGAACACCGAUUAGCAGAAAGGUUUCCACAACAAUCUAUGAAUGCACGAAAUGCAAAACCACCUAUAACACUAAAUAGUCAUGGAAAGUAUAAUAAUAGCGCGAAUAGGAAAGACAACGGCAAUCUUACUGCACGAAAUCAACCUCGACACAUACCUGAUAGUGAAGCUCAAUGGGGUGAGGCAGAGAGAACAAGCCAGUGGCGAGCCAGGUCUGAUGAAGAUCGCAAGGAUAAGUACAGAGAACGUGACCGUGAGCGGGAACGUCCUAGGGAGAGAGAACGAGACAGAGUUCGAGAAAGGGAUCGGGAAAGGGAUAGGCAUUUCAAACGAUCGUCUAGUCGCGACCGAACUCGAAGACAGAGAGAAUGUAGGAGUCGUAGCAGGGACAGAUCACACAGAGACAGAAGCAGAGAUCGUUAUCGUGAUAAGGAUCGUUAUAGAGAUAGGAGAGGCUCGCCCUACGACUAUGCUGCAGAGCUUGCUCGGGAAAGAGAGAGACAACGAAAAGAAUGAAAAUGUGUGCUGACGUGUAUAUAUCGAUAUAAAUGUUUGUACGAGUGUAACUAUGGAGAUGAAAACGAUUUAGAGCCGAGCCAUCCGAACACCUUCGCGUUUUAAGAGAAAACCUACUCCAUCUGGAGUAAUAGCCUAAAAUUAAUUCGACUAUAUUCACCUUGUAGUUUACAUGUUUUUAUAAAAUAAAUCCAUGA